GCGUGCCUCGAUGCAGUUGUAUCGCUGUCGGCUCUCGCGGCCCGCGCAUCGCAAAACGUCGCCGGAAUCACCCGCAACAAUGUUCUUAUACGCCGGCAUCAUUCUGCUCUGCAUUGCGAGUUGCCAGUCUGCACCAGUGGACGAGCCCAUUCGCGUAGAGCUGCCGGUCUACGACCAACCGCAGGCCAGCUCCGAUGUCGAGACCGUACCCGCGGUAGCUGAACACCGCUCAGAAUCAGCCAGAAGUGACAAGUCGAUCGUUGGGAAUAUCAUUGCGCAUAAGAUUGAUGAACUUGGCAAAAAGAUUGCAAAUAAUAAUAAUCAUCAUCAUCAUCAGUAUAAUCAUGCACAACUGGCACACUACGAAGGGGCUGAAUAUUUAGCAACUGGAUAUUUUGGUCCACCACCGGCGUCGCUGGAAGGUGCUAUCCUAGAAACUGAGGGAUACGGCAGCAAGAAAUUGACACUUAAGGAAAAUUUACACGGCUUCGUCGCAGGACUUUUGCAACCUAAACCCAUAGUGGAUACGAUAAAGGAGGAAGAAAAGUACGGAAACACGGGCGACAAAUUCAUCACGGCCGGAAGAGCCUUAGUCCACGGCGCGGAGGGAGUCUCCAACAUCGUUAACUCGGUUCUUGAGGUUCCUGGGACGAUAUUCAAGAAAAUAACAAGGAUCGCAACUGAAAAACUCAAUAACUUAGGAGGAAAAAUAAUUGGGCUCUAAGUAACGUGAACUAUAAAACCUUUAUAUGGGUGACACUUAACUAUUAGUUGUCAAAAAUUAAUUUAAGUUAUUUAAGCAUAAAAUAAAUAUUUACACUCAA